CUUUUAUGACCCGGAAGCUGACGCCAGACUUGAGCUUUUCCAUCGGUGGAGUAAAGAUGGCUGACCAAGGCGCCGCAGAUCCUGGUAACAACAACAAUAAUACGCCUGAAACCUCAGAGGGAACUAUUAUUAAGGUCACAGUGAAAACCCCUAAAGACAAGGAAGAAAUCGCCAUCGCUGAAGAUGCCUCUGUUACUCAGUUCAAAGAAGAGAUUUCGAGGCGGUUCAAAGCCAAACAGGACCAGUUGGUUCUGAUUUUUGCCGGGAAGAUCUUGAAAGAUGGCGACAGUCUCAGCCAGCACGGCAUCAAAGAUGGCCUUACAGUUCACUUAGUUAUAAAGACAGCACACAAGUCAGGAGAUGGCGGUAGCACCUCGGCCUCAGCCUCUAGCUCAGCCUCCACUCAGGCAGGCAACUCUUCUGCCUCGAGUCCGGGCACAAACCCCGCCCCCGCCCCCACAACGGGCUCCACUGGCUCCGCCCCGCCGCCCACCCAGACCCCCAACAUUCUGACUGGAUUCGGUGACCUGUCCAAUCUGGCUGGAAUGGGCAUGGGCUCGGCCAACUUCAUGGAGCUGCAGCAGCAGAUGCAGAGGCAGCUCAUGUCCAACCCGGAGAUGCUCUCCCAGAUCAUGGAGAACCCCCUGGUGCAGAACAUGAUGUCCAACCCCGACCUGAUGAGGCAGAUGAUCAUGGCCAACCCUCAGAUGCAGCAGCUGAUGGAACGCAACCCGGAGAUCUCCCACAUGCUCAACAACCCCGAGCUCAUGCGACAGACCAUGGAGCUGGCCAGGAACCCAGCCAUGAUGCAGGAAAUGAUGCGGAACCAGGACCGGGCUCUGAGCAACUUGGAGAGCAUCCCAGGAGGUUACAAUGCCUUGAGGAGGAUGUAUACAGACAUCCAGGAACCCAUGUUCAGCGCUGCCAGGGAACAGUUUGGGAGCAACCCAUUCUCGGCCCUCGGAGGAAACUCAGAGUCUGGUGUCCAGCCGUCACGGACAGAGAACAGAGAGCCCCUGCCCAACCCCUGGGGGCCUCCAAAUUCUUCGAACCCCUCUGAGAGUGGGGGGGGGACCACAGGGGGCCCCAGCACCACGGGGACCACCAACCCCACUGUGUCCAACCCUCUUGGAAUCAAUCCGGGCAAUCUGGGAAAUGGCAUGUUCAACAGUCCGGGAAUGCAGAGUCUACUCCAACAGAUCUCCGAAAACCCUCAGCUGAUGCAGAACAUGUUGUCUGCUCCUUACAUGCGCAGCAUGAUGCAGUCACUGUCUCAAAACCCGGAGUUAGCCUCCCAGGUUUUGAUGAAUAAUCCGUUGUUUGCUGGAAACCCACAGCUGCAGGAACAGUUCAGAGCUCAGCUGCCUGUCUUCCUGCAGCAGAUGCAGAACCCGGAGGCUCUGUCAGUCAUGACCAAUCCCAGGGCCAUGCAGGCUCUCAUGCAGAUCCAGCAGGGUCUGCAGACGCUGCAGACAGAAGCCCCCGGCCUCAUGCCCAGUUUGAUGACAGGUGGAAUUCCCGGCAUUCCCACCGGAGGGGGCAUGUCCACGGAGAACCCGGCCUCCUCGCCCAGCAGCGCCGGAAGCACCGCCACCCAGCAGCAGCUGAUGCAACAGAUGCUCCAGAUGUUCGCCGGAGGAGGAGGAGGAGGAGGAGGAGGAGGAACCGCCACGACCCAGACCCCGGAGGUCCGGUUCCAGUCCCAGCUGGACCAGCUUAACGCCAUGGGCUUCAUCAACCGCGAGGCCAACCUGCAGGCCCUAAUCGCCACCGGAGGAGACAUCAACGCCGCUAUCGAGAGACUGCUGGGCUCACAGCCCUCGUAAAGACACGCAGUACAUGUUUGACACACAGACACGCUCAUAAAUACAUAAGUAAUUCAUAAACACACCCACCAUCGACAGAACACCAAGAGAAAUUUAAGUGUAUUGUUCCAAACUUUGCAGAAGACACUUGGGCAAGAACUGCAAGACCCUUACUCUUCAUCUCCUCUCAGAUCAUUCCCCUCGUCCCCCUUUAUUUCUUUCUUUUUUUUUUUUUUUCGGCACCAUCCUACCAGGUCGUUCUCAGAAUUCUGCUGUUAAGUCGGACUGAACCACUCUCACCCCGAAGGGCUCUCUGGUGUAGAGAGAGCGAGCGAAAAACCCUGCCUGGGAGAGGAAUUGCCAACUGUUUUCUUCUUUCAUUAUUUCCUUCACAUAAGUUUGGAGUAGACUGUUGUAGGCAGACAUUUACACGACACAGAUUGAGCCUGAGUGGUGGGGUUGGCAGUUAGCUCUGUUUUAUAUGUGGCUACUGUGAGACGGUGUGGUAGUUUCCUGAAACACAGGCAGUCCGCACAGAUGUUCAGCCAUGUUCCUCCCUCUUUCCAAGUUCUCCAGUCUUCAUACACCGCUGUUUCUGCUGAACAGCCUCCACUAUUUAUUGCAAGCGGCUAAUAAUAUGACACCCUGCAUACUUCCCCCCCGAAGUUGUAAUCUGUCAUUCCACUUCAAAGUGCCCACCCACGAGUGCACGGUGUCUUUUUCCUCCUGAGGCACAGAUGCUGGUACUGCUGCCCUGCUCUGCCCAACGAGAGCAAACUGGCAGCAAACCGCAGCCCCACUCAGUGGGUUAAUUAGACCCCCCCCCACUCCCCACCCCCCCCAAACGUCUCACAUCUUCAUACAGGAUUUAAACCAUAACUGAGUUUCACAUUGCAGCAACCCCGAAGCAGAGGUUGCUGCUAGUAUGAGUAUGAAUGAUACAAAACAAGCUUUCCUUUCAUUUUAAUCAGAUUAUUUGUUGUUGUUUUUUUCCUUUUUUUUUUUCUUUUGAGGUGCAUUUAGUACCUAGAGGUGAUGAUUUGUUUCACAUUAAUGUGGAAAUCAAAUGAGAUAAAUAAAAUAUUGACGAAAAGAAAGGCUUUAAAAACAAUUCUGGUAUGGCGACAUCAUACAUUUCUUAAAUCAUAAGUCUAGAUUGUUUUAUUAUUAUUAUUAUUAUUAUUUUCCUUUUUGAAAUUCUCAGCAUUGUAGUUGUGGUAACCUUGGCAACUGCUUCAAUAGCUUUGCUUUGUCUGUUGACCUCAGCUGAAGAAAAAAAAGAUCCAUCUCCCAGUUGAAAAUGUUGGAACUAACUUUUAACAGUACUGUACUAAAAAAAAGUAAUAAAUCAUGGUUAAAAAUAGACCAAGUGGCGUCACUUGCUAACUAUCUGGUGAAGGAUGAAGGCCAAAUGAUGCACUGUGUUUCAAGGUUCUGCUUCUGUUUGUAUAAAAAAAAAUCAACAACCCAUUGGUGUGUUUUUGGGAAAUGUUCAUAACUGAAUUUUUUCUUUUGGCAUGUACCUUUCUCAUAUACUUCCUGAAAAUAAUGAAAAAUGAUAGAUGGUUGGCGACAUGUAUUCCGCAACAGCUCAAACAUAAACCUACACGUCUGGAAUUAGUCAGUGAUGUUUAUUUUGGUUAGAAGGACUCAUCAGAUGAGUCAGCUAAAAUUCAAACUCUUGCCUGUGCAUGUUGACCCCAAAAUACGCAGAAAAAAAUGGAUAAGAAGCGCUCACUGGGCCAGGAGUCAUGGCACACGCUGGUAUUUCCAGCCAAGCGGUUCUAUCGUUGACUAAAAUAAAAGAUAACGUUAGAAACCUCGGCCGGUGCCGAGCCGUCUUCCCCAGUUUCAGGCGGAGUCAGGCCACAGAUUUACCUGUUGGGUGAGGUCUGAGUGGUGAAGGGUGGAGCCUGCUGCACCUGUGAGUGGUUCUACCUGCUCGACCUGCUCUCCCUCCUCUGGGUGUCAGCCGGUGAGUGAUCAGGACUCCGGCUACUUCCCUGUUUGCCUUCACCAGGAGCUGCGCCCGUCCUCGGAUUAAAGCAGCUCUCUUCCCUUUUUUUCCUGCCUUUCCUUCUUCGUCGGCCGGAGGAAUGAGGGUGUAGUUGUUUUCCUCUCUGUUGUAAAAGCUUUAAAAGUGGCUUUAAAGAUUCUCACUGCGUGGAAAAGAGACCCAGCGCCCCUGAACGCAGCAUGGGGAAUGACGAUUCCUACAACUUUGUCUUUAAAGUGGUUCUGAUCGGGGAGUCCGGCGUGGGGAAGAGCAACCUUCUCUCCCGCUUCACCAAGAACGAGUUCAACCACGACAGCCGCACCACCAUCGGCGUGGAGUUCAGCACCAGGACGGUGCAGCUGGACACCUACACCAUCAAAGCCCAGAUCUGGGACACGGCCGGGCUGGAGCGCUACCGGGCCAUCACCUCAGCGUACUACCGGGGGGCCGUGGGAGCCCUGCUGGUGUAUGACAUCACCAAGCACCUGACCUACGAGAGCGCGGAGCGGUGGCUGAAGGAGCUGUACGACCACGCCGACCCCCACAUCGUGGUCAUGCUGGUGGGGAACAAAUCGGACCUGGACGGCGUCCGCACGGUGCCCACCGAGGAGGCCCGGGACUUCGCAGAUAAAAAAGGGCUGAUGUUCAUGGAGACGUCGGCUUUGGACUCUACAAACGUGGAGGCCGCUUUCAACGAGGUUCUCACAGCCAUCCACAGGAAGGUGGCCAGUCGGGAGGUGACCCGGGGCUCCAUCAGCGCCGUGACCCUGUCCAGCCCCAUCGGCCCCCCCGGCGAGGCCGAGAGGGGGGAAAAAGGCUGCUGCAGCCGCUCCUAACCGACCAAUCGCUGCUCCCGGGAGAGAUCCUCCUCCAUUUUAUCCCUUUUUCUGUCCACGUCACGCUGGACCCACGUCCGGUCAUUCAGCCCGAAGACUGAGUCCGAGCAGCAAACGCUCGAACCGUUUUUAAAAUGUCAAAGCUGUACAUUUUACAAUUUGUUGUUUUCGAGUUGCUAACAUUAGAUACAUCCUCGUUUUGUACAUUCUACUUCUUAAGGCUGUUCAGAGGUGUUUCUUCAUCCUUUUAUGGGGGUUUUUUCAAAGCUUUAUUAGAUUAAUUUAUCAGUGGGGAACUUCAGCCGCUCACAGUACAGAACAAAACAGUACUUAAAAAGUCAAACCAAUGCAAAUGGAUAUACAAAAAUGGAAUUAAAUGAAUUGUUUCAUAAAAUGGGUGCUUAUUCACUUUGAAUAAAUUAUUUGAAUGAUUCUGUCUGGAUCCAGUUACUUCCUAAUUUCACAUUAGAAACUUUUGCUACCCACGCUAACAGUCCAAAGUGUUUUUUCUGUUUUGAUUUAAACUGAACCGCUUCGUGUCCAGUGAAGUUGACUAACUUCUAGCUCUCCUGCAGCAAUAGUAAAAGUUAAGGAGUUUUUUAUAUUCCUCUUCUUUCCAUUUACGUCUGACGUUUUCUUUUAUAUAGAAAAAAUGUCGCCAAAUGUGUAGACUAUGCAUUUCUUCUGGUGUUUUGAGCCCAGCAUAUCAUUAUGUUACAAAUACUGAGAUUAUAGCAAACCAUUAAGUCCUCUGACUUAAACCAGGAAU